UCUUGUCCUACUUUGGAAGCAAAAAAAGAAAAAUCUCGAAAAAAAUGACGAUUGUUGUGAGUUUUGACACUGUUUUCCUCACUGAUUCAGCUGCAGUUCAAGUUGAAGGAGCUAGCUCAAGAUUUUGAGGCGAUUCUGGACUUGGAUUAAAACCAUUAUCAAUUAUCGAACAAUGGAUUGCUUUUCUUCUUUGAAAUGCUGAACUGCUUGUAGGUUUUUGAUAAAAUGGCUGCUGUUAGGUUUUCCCAUUUAAAACGCCUCCAGAGUUCAAUCAAGGGUUCUCUGAAUGUUGAACUGUGUCACAAUAGUGUGGAUAUGAAUCUUGCAAGAAGUGCAAGGUUGCCUAGUGAUUCACUUAGCAAUGUUUAUUACAAAAGGGAGUUACAGUCACCUCGAAUUUUCACUAAGAAUCAGUUUAGGAGUAUUCCUUCUGAAUGUCAUGCAAGUAGUUCCCCUGUUAUUACUAAACACAAUGCAUUAGUUUAUCCUGGGUUGUCUCCUAGCUUUCGAAUCCGGGGUGCUGUUCCUUUUGCUUCAAUGAGCCCUGGGUUGAAUUGCCGGACAUUUUCGUCGGUUUUGGGUGGCAAAGGAAGCAGGGAUCAUAAUGGCACAGAAGUUGCUGCUGGUGCUGGUGAUGUGAAUGCUGGUGAUGAUUCUGUUGUUGCUGGUGAUCUAGCUGAGAAGGUGAAAGAUACAUGGAAGAGUGUGGUAGAGACAGCAACACAUGCUGGAGAAAAGGUUAAAGAAGCCUCGGAUGAGCUGACUCCGUAUGCUCAACAGUUGCUUGAUUCACAUCCGUAUCUUAACAAGGUGGUUAUUCCAGUUGGUAGUACAUUAACUGCUACUCUAGUAGCUUGGUUUUUGAUGCCUUGGAUUUUGAGGAAAUUUCACAAAUAUGCAAUGAAAGGCCCAAUUUCUCUAAUACCUGGAAGCACAUCAUGGGAACAAGUUACUUAUGAGAAAAGCUUUUGGGGUGCUAUGGAAGACCCAGUGCGAUAUUUAGUUACCUUCAUCACAUUAUCACAGAUUGGUGCAAUGGUAGCUCCAACAACUAUAACUUCACAAUAUCUUGUGCCGGCUUGGAGGGGUGCAGCGAUUAUUUCGUUUGUAUGGUUUUUGCAUAGAUGGAAGACAAAUGUUUUUCAUCGUACCCUGUCCAAUCAAGGUUUACUUGGACUUGACAGGGAGAAAUUGCUCACUCUAGAUAGAAUCUCAUCUGUUGGUCUGUUUAUGAUUGGUAUAAUGGCUUUGGCUGAGGCUUGUGGUGUGGCUGUGCAAUCUAUUGUAACUGUUGGUGGUAUCGGAGGAGUUGCUACUGCUUUUGCUGCAAGAGAUAUCCUUGGCAAUGUUUUCAGUGGUUUAUCUAUGCAGUUUUCCAGGCCCUUUUCAAUAGGAGAUACAAUAAAAGCUGGCUCAGUUGAGGGUCAAGUGGUGGAAAUGGGCCUUACUACAACAUCGUUGCUGAGUACUGAGAAGUUUCCAGUCAUAGUGCCGAAUUCCUUUUUUUCUAGCCAGGUUAUAGUGAACAAAUCUCGUGCUGAGUGUCGUGGCAUCAUCAGCAAAAUUCCUCUGCAAAUUGAGGAUUUAAGUAAGAUUCCCCAGUUAUCUGAGGAUAUAAAAAGCAUGCUAAGAUCACAUGCAAAGGUGUUCUUGGGAAAAGAGGUUCCUUACUGUUUCUUGUCAAGAGUGGAAAGUUCAUAUGCAGAAUUGACUAUUGGAUACAACCUCAAACACAUGCGCAAAGAUGAGUUAUUUGCUGCAGAACAAGACGUUCUCCUGCAUGCAGUUCAGGUCAUUAAGAAUCAUGGGAUAGCACUUGGCAGCACAUUGCCAGGUUGAUUAUUUUUGAAGACAUGAUUCAUAUACUUGCAAAGUUUUACACUAAUACAAGGCCUGCAUGGAUAUUAACAUGCUCUACUUGUGUCUAUGGAUAGAAUUUUUUACCCCUCUCCUCUUUUGGGUUCAAAUUAUGUAGUCCCUGAAACAGAUUCUGAAAAACAAGAGGAUUAUUUCACACAGAAAUCAGUUUCCAAGCGAGAACCAAAUGUAUUUUUGUAAUUAAUACUUGUAGUUUGCAUCUUUUGACUACAGAUUUUAAUUUUGCAUGUCAGUUCUACAGCAAUUUAGCAUGAUUCAUGUGAGAAUCUUACACACUCAGUUGAUAAACUCUAACUCUGAUGAUUGUCCAGUUGUUUCUGUGUAUCAUAAUUAAAGAAUGAAUGCCCAAUUACUAUUGGUGAUCACAU